AUGACCCCUCCUAUGGAUUCUGCCGUCAAUAUCUCCACAACCACUACGUCUCAUGCCCCUCGACCUUCAUUAUUAUCUUCCUCUUCACCUUAUCUAUCGAAUGUGAUGCCUUUGAAUACAAACAACGUCUCUGAAACUGGACAAACUAUUGAAUCUGAUCCACUAACAGAUCAUGACGAUUCGGAAGGUGCUAAAACUAUUGCUGUACCACGUUGUAGUACGUGGUUUGCUAUGGAUAAGAUAAAUCCAAUUGAGAAACGCAUGUUGCCCGAGUUUUUCGUGGAAAAUGGGUCCAAAACGGCCGAGAUUUACCUCAAAUAUCGAAAUUAUAUGGUGCACGCUUAUCGUCAGCAACCAGGGGUUUAUCUAACAGCUACAGCCUGUCGUCGUAAUUUAACAGGUGAUGCCUGUGCAAUCUUAAGAGUGCAUGAGUUUCUGACCCAUUGGGGGCUCAUUAACUUUGAUGUGCCACCACAUGCAAUGCCACCCGCUAUGCAUUCAAACUAUGCUCUUAAACGUGUAGAAUCUACUGUUAAGUGUGAAGACAAGAGUCCCAUUGCAAUGCUUGUUGCUGCUAAAAAGGAGAAUGCACGUCGGGUGGAUGUCCCAUUGGCAUGUGAAGCUUGUGGCACGGCUAGAGGCGUAGAAGAUGCGUUCUUUGGACUCACAAGUGAAGCCAAGAAAAAGUUGAUGAGUUGUGGAGCAUCGACGAAUGUUGGUAAUGCGAAUCAUUCCAUAACGACUGGAGCUAAUGGGAAAGCUGGUGAAGAUAAGGAAAUGACAGUUGGAGGGUUUGCAUUGAGACCUGGCAGUGCGAUUUGUGAGAAGUGCUACAUUCGUGGGGCUUUUCCAGAAGGGUACGAUGCAUCGGAUUUUGUAAUGAUGCCAACAGUGGCGACGAAUUCUUUGGCGGCAGCAAGUUGGACUGAGGAAGAGACUAAUUUGAUGUUAGAUGCUGUGAGCAGCACAAGAUCUAACAAGACCAAGGGCAUGGAGAACGAGGAAGACGAUGAUAGCUGCGACUGGAACUAUGUCGCGUCAAGAGUUGGCUCUAAGACGGCAGAAGAAUGUUUGUUACACUUUUUGGAACUACCAAUGCUGGACCAGUCGGUGCCAACUCCGAAGACAAGGCUGGAAGACUCCAUUCACUCAUUGCGUCCGUUUACUCCUGGAGCCGCUCUGAACGCGCUUGUGUUGGAUCUGGUUGCUCUUGUAGAACAGGUUGAUCCGAUGGUUGCAAAGGCUGCAGCUCAUGCUGCAAUUUGUGCAAUUAAGCGGCUGCACACAAUGCCAGCUACCUCAACGACUUUGCCGGGGGAGACAUAUGAUCGUGUGGAGAAUAGUGACGCAAGGGGUCCAGCUGGAAAAGUCAAGGUCGAAAGUGCGCCACCUGGGUCAGGCUUGGGCAAGACAAGUGAUAGCGCAACAAGCUCGUUUGAAAGCGCAGUAGCAGCAGUUGCUACGAGCGCAGAGGUUGCAGGAAUUGGAGGUACAGUCAAGUUAGAGGACGUAUCCGUGGAUGGCGAUGUCGCCAUGGGCGAUGGAACCGCAACAAUCGAGUGUGCAUCAAAGGCGGGCGAUAGUGUCAACCGUAAUGCUGUAUCAAUCUCGAAAGAAAUGAUGGCGGUGACUGAAGAAGCAGCGAAUGCAACAACAAUUGCCUUACUAGCAACACGAGCUCAACAGACGGCCGAUAACAUUGCAAAUGGACCCGUGCGAGAUCUUGUGAAUCAAUUGCUGGAGAAUCAGUUGCGUCAAAUGGAGUUGAAAAUGCAGCAGUUGGCAGUCCUGGAACAAGCAAUUGAUGCUGAAAAAGAACAAGUAGCCAAGGAGAAGUACCAACUUUACGUUGAUCGACUGUCAUUUGCCCGUGAAAAGAUGAAUUAUCGUUCGACAAAGCUUGGACUCUAA